AUUCUCUUCGUAAGAAGAUUUCUGAGACAACUGUGAAUUUCGAAAAAGAGAAAGAAAAAUAAAAAGAAAAAAGAAGAGAAAAUGAGAGAAAGAGAAAAGUAAGAAACGAGCGUGGGAAAGAGAAUGGUAGGAGUGAAUGGUCCUCAGCUUUUCCUGUCGCCAGUUUGCAAGGCAGCUCCUUACCCACUUGAUCUCAUCGCCACCGCCGCCGCCGGCCACCUUCUCCGCCACUGCUCCAACCACCAUCUCCGCCUUGACGCCCUUCUUCACUCCUGUUUCAAGAAACUCACUUCUCUUGAUCAACUGUUUAAAUUGAAGGAUAAAUGGUGCCAAAGUUCCCUUAAACUCAAAGGACUAAAUUUUCUUCAACUUUCAAACAAUGAUUUGAAUUCCACAUGUUCAACUAGUUUCUCUUUCUUUAAUGGGGGAGGACAUGGAGUACACUUUGGAAAUGGUGGGAUGUCUAACUCCAAGAUGUCUGGAAACAAUCCAUUUAAUGGAAGGAAAUGGACAAACAUUCUCCUUGCUGCUAAUGUCUUAUUUUAUAUUGUACAACUUGCAACCCAAGGCAAGCUUUUGUUAUGGGGAGCGAAGAUAAACAGUCUGAUUGACAAAGGACAAUUUUGGAGACUCGCCACAUCUUCCUUUCUGCAUGCAAACGUUGGACAUCUCCUGAUCAAUUGUUAUUCGUUAAACUCAGUUGGUCCUACCGUGGAGAUCUUCAGUGGUCCUAAAAGAUUUCUUGCAGUAUACUUUGCCUCUGCAAUUGCAAGUUCAGCUAUGAGUUAUUGGUUCUGCAGAAUGCCUGCAGUAGGUGCAUCCGGGGCAAUUUUUGGACUAGUUGGGUCAGUUGCAGUGUUUGUCUUGAGGCACAAGGACAUCGUAGGAGGUGGUAAAGAAGAUUUGCUGCACAUAGCACAUGUAAUUGCACUCAAUAUGCUCAUUGGGAUAUUAUCCAAGGGCAUUGACAAUUGGGGACAUUUAGGAGGGUUAAUUGGUGGAGUUGCUGCAUCAUGGCUUAUUGGACCUGCAUGGAAACAUGAAUCUACAUCAUGGGAUGGAAGAAGGCUCUUCACUGAUAGUGCUCCAUUGUAUAAACUCUUCAAGAAUAAGAGAGUACCUAAGCAAUGGAAAUAAGAUCAUUUCAAUGUUGGUGCUUAGAAUGAGAACCUAUAAUUAAAAGAACAAAUUGUCAAUUUCUGGUUAUUUGUAAUGAUUGAUUGUAUUUUACAUAUUUCCUUUAAAUUAUUUUUUUUCAUGCUUUUA